AUGACGCUAUACUCAGACUUGGCCUUCCAACAUCAGCCACUCCAGACUGUUCAAGCUGUGGACAAUAACAGACUCAUAGUCACCAUUCCCUUCAAUUAUACCCACUUCGUCAAACCAGGAAAUGUGCUGCAUGAGUCCCUCGUUUCUUCAGAUUGGAGACUUAUAGAGACGGACGCUGUUUCGUCCUUCCCUUUCUUGCAGAACCUGCCAGCGGGCACCAUGGUUUGCGAUAACCUCGAGAGCUUGAGAACUGUCGUGAACCACGCCAAUGAAAGAUACGCCGCCUCGGGAAUAAUGACUAUUUUGAACGAGUUCAGAGGAUCUGAGAGGAAACUCACCAUCUCGAUCAUCGGCAGCUACGCUUCCCAAAGAGAAAUGAAUGAGAUUCGGUUGCAGAUUUUCCGCCAUUAUUUUGAGAUCACCAAACGCAGAAUAACUAUUGACUUCACCAAAAAUAACUACUGCUUCACAUCAAUUGGGAAAAUCAAAGAGGAAUUGACGCUAUUUCUCGACGAGGUGUCGCUCUAUAACAAAUGUUCCAUCUAUAUUGCACCUUCCAAGGAGAGCUCCUCCAAAGUCGACAUAGUUAUUUUGGGCAGCCAGGAUUGUUCAACUGUAGCUGAAAAUAAGGUGAGACUGUUUAUCGAUAACUUGAACCCUCUGUCUCACUGCGAUUACAUAGAGAUCGAAUCUUUGUCACUGCUACCAUUGAUUGGUGGAACCGAAUUUUCCAAUUUCAAGAAUAUUGUCAAAAGAACUCACUGCCACAUCUACCUGCCAAACCUGACCCCAGAACUCUACUUCAAUAAUUCGCUGGAUACGGAAUUACAGAAGCCAACCAUAUACAUCACAGGACUUAAAUCAUUGGUACUGUUAACCAAAUACAUGUUGUCAGACAUAAUUCAGAAGAUCAACAAGACUCCCUUCAUCAAACAGCUAUCUGUCAUGCCGAUCAAGAGAGAAAGCAUGAUCCUCUUCAUGGAGGACCCGGAGUUUCUGAAAAAUAUUAUGUUCGAGACUGGCUGUUUCAUCUCCAUUCCAUCUCUUGGCUUCUCAUACCCAGAAGGGACGGGUGAUAUCAUUAGUUUCCAGGCCAACUCUAUCGAAGAUGUGGAUAACGCAAUUGACAAGUUUAUGGGUUUCAUUUCCAGCUUCUACAGUGCCAAGUACGAAUUCAAGAUGACGACCUCGACAACCGCAGAUGUGAGCAAGCUAUUGAGUUUCAACGACUCAUUAUCUUUCAUCACCAACUCCAUUGUUUCCUUGGCCAAGAUCAAUGACGAUUAUGUCUUUCAGGUCGUUGGACGCUCUGAAGGCCUCAAACAAGCUGCCAAUCCUCUAGCUCAAUUCGCGCCCUACCUGGAAGCUGACCUCGUUAAAAGCACCACCACCUACCAAAUAGAGCUUUCCAAUAAGGAAAAAGACUUUAUUGCCGGCAAGAAAAACGGAAAGAUCAUCAAGAUCAUGAAUAUGUCAUCAGUGACUAUCAAGCUUCUUCCGUUCACAGACUUCAAUUUCAUUGUGGAGAUAACGUGCGCUGACCUAAUGGAUUCCGUACUUGGCCUAGGUAUGUUUGAAGACGAGCUUCCUUCCAUUUUGAUUUUUAACGUCCCAGAGUCGUUCCACAGGCAGAUCAUUGGUGUUGGAGGUCAGACCGUUCAAACGAUUAUGAGAAAGUUCAACGUGUUCAUCAAGUUUUCCAACUCCUUCGAGCUGAACGAAAAGUCCGACUCCAUCAGUCCAAAUUCCUCCAACUUCCCUCAAUCUUUUGUCAGAAAGAAGAACGUUAUUAUCAAGUGUCCAGCCAAAAAUAAGUCACAGAUUCCGCUGGCCAAGAUCGAGCUGGAGAAGCUUGUUGAAAAGGUAAUGAAUGUCAACUAUUUCUGUUCCAUUGUCAAAUUAACCAGGCCACAAUGGAGGCUAUUGACAUCAUCGCAGCUUAAUUGCAACUUGAACGCGAACCGUGUCAAGCCAAGUAACUUUGUCACGGAACUGGAAAAAACGACCAACACCUUCAUAAAGUACCCAAAGCUGGAUCAUGAAGAGGCCAACCAGGACACUGUUAAUCUGGAGAUAUAUGGGAUCGAUAACAAUUCCAAAAAUUGCUGCUCAGAGCUGAUCAAGCUGCUUCCUUACGAAUAUGAGCUCAAAAUACUUAAGUCUGGAAUAUUCAAAGAGCUUAUGGAAACAGUGAGCAACACCAAAAGGAUGUUGACUCACCAUAAGAAUCCGCUUCAGCUCGAAUUCUUGAACACUGUUAUGGUUCCUCUGAAGCUUCUGUACAACGUCGAGCUGUUGUUUAAGAGCAACAAAACCACUGACUCAAUUAUCCUCAACUUUUAUCCCGACGCUUUCGGUGUCGACUGGCUAGCAAAGGAAAAAAUGAACGAUGAAAUACAGCAGGAGAUUAGUAAGACUGAAAAGUUCAGCCAGAUGCUUGAGAACGUCAAGAUAUUCUUGAGAAAUCAGAAGAUGGAGAUCAUUUCGCAGAGUUUCAAAACGUGUGAGUUUGAUAUUAUUACCCCUGACCAGAAAAUCGAGAAAGAAAACGUGAACUCUAAAAAGCUCUCCCAGCAAGGACUCGACAAUAGCGCAUUUUCUUCUGUCUACGCUAAAAAAGGAGCGUCAUUUCAGCAGCCAAUGCACCCGCCAUCCACGAAGCGUGCUCCCUCCUCGGAAGCACAGCAUCAAAACGGAGGCUCCCGUUUCCAACAGACGAUUAACACAAUCGGUCCGUUCAGCGCACCUGAUUUCAAGUUCACGCCAAUGAGCAAUACUUACUGA